AUGGCGGAGGGCUUGCAUCCUCCGCUGCAGCGCACUGCGCAUCCUCAUGAGCCCAAGGAAGAUGAUCUUGAAAAACUCAAGAAGUGGCAGGAAGCUCGCCUUGAACGAAAACUCCGUGGAGAGUAUGAGUCUGCUGUUUUUCACCUUGCAGAGCUUGUCAACCAAAAUCUCGAGACAUCACUAUCAGUCACUUCAAUCCGUGUGGAUGGUGCCACAAAUACCAGGAAGUCUUUCUUAGGUUGGUUGAUUCAGCCAUGGCUUGCGCGGCACACAGACGACCGGGCGCACAAAUCGAACAACCUGCAAGGAGCGCUGUAUACUGCAAGGGGCAUAAGCCACAUUCUGCAAGAGACGGACCUAUUUCACUCUGUUGACGCAAAAAUCCAGAGGAGUCGAGAUCACCUUGCCGGGGAGGGGGACGUUGAUAUUGUUGUCACCACACGUGAAAAAGGCCGGUUCUACUUGAAAAGUGCCACGGAAUUUGGUAAUAAUGAGGGUAGCGUUAGUGUCACGGGCAGAGUGCGAAACAUAUUUGGUGGAGCUGAGUUCCUGGAAGGACACUACUCAGCAGGAACAAAAACGCGUCGUUCUUUCCACGGGCUUCUCUCCCUUCCUCUUUCGCCGUCUUUGCGCACAACGGGCCAACUUUCGUUGUUCAGUCAGGAGCGAGAUCUCUCGUCUUUUGCAAGUUGUUCGGAGAUUUCACACGGCUUAAAGGUUGCAACAAAUAGCAACUGGGGAGUUCAUGGUGUCCACGAAGUUGCGUAUCAGGUCGUUUUAAGGCACAUCAACAAUUUAGCAUCAAAUGCAUCAGUUAGUAUUCGCGAACACGCUGGUCACACUAUCAAGUCGUCGAUCUCUCAUUCGUGGACAAAAGAUACCAGAGAUGACAAGCUUGCAGCGUCGCGUGGCUUCUAUGGCAAGGUUUAUCAAGAACUAGCUGGACUGUCAGGGGACGUGUCAUUUUACAAGGCUGAGGUUGAAAGUCAGUUUUCCCGGCGCCUCGUUCCAGGAAUGAGCCUCUCAUUAGCUGCACGGUCUGGCUUCUUAAAGGCUCUUACCGGCCCUAGCCAUUUUUCUGAUAGGUUCCAGCUCGGUGGCCCUCUCAGUUUAAGGUCGUUCAGGGCAAACAGCAUAGGCCCUCGAGAUGGAGUUGAUUCACUUGGCGGUGAUAUUUAUUGGUCAACAGGCGUUUCUUUGGUGUCCGAUAUCCCACGGAAACCUCAUUGGCCCAUCAAGUCACACAUCUUUGUGAACGCUGGGAGGUUGGAUGCAAUGGACGGAACGAAAGGACUCAGCGAGAAUUUAAUAGGGUGUCUAAGAAAACCCUCGAUAUCUGCGGGAGUUGGCCUUAUAUACCGCUUCGAUCCUGUGAGGGUAGAGGUAAACUUUGGGGUGCCGCUUGUUGCAAGUAAGAGCGAUGGUGUGCGAAGGGGCUUCCAAGUUGGUAUUGGCAUGGAGUUUCUGUAAAUUUUUCGUGUUCUGGAGUCCAUGUCAGAUUUAAGUGUUUGGUAGCUAGAUCAUCACUCACGAAAUUAGAACAACCCACCGUGCGACCCCUC